GUGUGUGUAUAGCAGGUGUGGUGGCUGCUGCAGGCCGAGGUAGACACACUUUAAGAAGUAUAAGAUGACAGACUGAAGCUGAAGCAGCGCACUAAGCCAAAUAUCAACAGCCGACUGAACAAAAGAAGAAGAAAUGAUUUUGAAACAGUAGAAGAGAAAACGCGUGGACAGACUCUUCAUACACUAAGAAUUCAUCAUUUUCCUCAUCAUGCCUACCAUCCAUCCAUCUUCUGAUCCAGUAACUAGUGCACCACCUUCAUCUACAUUCGUGGGAACUCACAUAAACUUCACAACCACGAAUAACACCAACCUUACCAACUACACCCACACUAGUACCAAUCUGAACCUAGAUGUCAACUUCACAACCACUCACAGACCCACCAGCAUCACCCUCACCACCCAUGCCUCCACUAACGCCACUGUCGACCCUGCUGUCAUCUUCAUCAAUGGCCUGCUGGACAAGAUCCCCUUGCCUCGAUGGGCGAUCUACUCCAUCUUUUCGAGUGGCGGCCUGCUGAUUCUGCUCUGCAUUUUGUGUAUAUGCAUCAAGUGUUGCUGCAAAGGGAAGAAGAAAAGGCACCAGAAGAAUGAGCAGAUCAAUCUGAAGGGAGUGGAUGGAAAAACAACCACAGCUCUGGUUCAGCCAGAUGUGAGUGACGUUGACUACGGUUCGACCAAAAAGCAGAGAGGAAAGCUGCUCUACUCUCUCGAUUAUAAUGCUGCUCUGUCCACGCUCACAGUGGGGAUCAAACAAGCUAAUGGCCUGAAGGCCAUGGACAUAGGAGGAAGUUCAGACCCAUAUGUCAAAGUCUACAUCUGUCCUGACAAGACCAAAACAUGUGAGACCAAAGUGUUCAGGAAGACACUCAACCCUAUCUUCAAUGAGCAAUUCACCUUCCAGCUAUCCAAGUCCACCCUCUUGAAGUCGACAGUGGUGAUGAAGGUUUUCGACUUUGACCGAUUCUCCAAACACGAAAUCAUCGGCGAGCUCAGGGUGCAACUCUGCGACGUUGACUGGAACCAUGUCAUCGAGGAGUGGCAAGACUUGGCCGAGCCUGCCAAGUUUGAGGAAGAAAACCUAGGGGAGAUAUGCCUCUCCCUGCGCUAUGUCCCCACUGCCAGCAAACUGACGGUGGUGAUCCUGGAAGCGAAAAACCUGAAAAGCAUGGACAUUGGAGGAAGCUCAGACCCCUAUGUGAAGGUGCAGCUGGCUCUGGACAAGAGGAAGUGGAAGAAAAGGAAGACAUCCAUUAAAAAGAAGACGCUGAACCCUUAUUAUAAUGAAUCUUUCACCUUCGACGUGACUUUUGAGCAAAUCCAGAGGGUGAACCUGGUGAUCUCGGUCUGGGACCACGAUGCCGUGACAAGGAACGACCCCAUAGGGAAGAUCUUCCUGGGCUGCGAUGCCAUGGGGAACCAGCUGAGGCACUGGGCUGACAUGUUGUCCAACCCGCGGCGGCCGGUCGCUCAGUGGCACAGCCUGCUGUUGGCUGAGCAGGUCAACUCCACGCUGCCCCUGAAAAAGAAGAUUCCCAUUCCCAGCAAACUGAUAGAAAACGCUCACCGAUGGCAUCCAAAAUGAAAACUUUCAAAUGUACCCAACCCUCUUAUAUUUUCAGAUCUAAACAUUCAAAAAUGAUUUCAAAUGUAAAAGCACUUUUCUUCUUGUAUAAGCACUUCUUAUUCCUCAAACUGAAAAUAUGUUAAAGCUUGAUAUAAAGGUUAUUAAAUAUCACAUUAUUGCAUGGCCAAAUUGAAAUUUAUUUCCAACAGCAGUUAAUAGAACAAUAGGUAGGAAACUCUCAAGAUAAAGAACACACAUGAACACAACGUAAAAAAUGUAGUAAAAAGGCAUACAAAAGCUUAUAAGGCUUUUGAGAGUAUUGUGUCUACCGUUUCAUAAUACACAUCCCAUUUGACAUCAACAUCUAUUACCUUUAUAUUCCAAAAUUUAUAUAAAGGUUUCUCAAAUGAGGGUGAACCUUUCUGUUUUUGAAGUGACAAAAACCCAGACAUUAGUGGAUGCAAGGUUGUUUUUGUUCAGUGUGAAAGUGGAAUAUACCUUGUAUAGUAUAGUAGAGGGUUGAAUUCAUUCCAGUUUAUGAUGACAACAAUAUUAACUAAUGCAAUAUCCAUCUAUCCCUCGGAAGACACAUGUGUCCCAGAAAAUAAAGUGUGUGCAAAUCUUG